CCCCUCAGUUGCUUUUGCUUGCAAUCGCCAUAUUGGUUGCUCGGAUGACUUGGUGUUUUUUUUCUUUAGGAAUUACUACGAGACGGGAGUAGACGGGAGUGACUUCUUCAGAGCUGCACACUUUCAUGCAAUCACUUGUUACUUAUGCCACACUGACUGCGUUGCUUUUUUUUGCGGGUUUUAAUUUUUAUUUUUGGCAUGCCUGCCCUCAUGCUUGUUCGUUGUCUGAUCGUUUUUUUUUUAUUACGGGAAUAAUCAUUCCGUGUUUGUGAUCUGACGUGUAAUCUCGACAGCAGCUACUUUGUUUGUUUUCGUACCGAGUUUCAUGUGGCAAAAUGUCGGACGUGCGUCUUUCUAAUGGAAGUCCGCCGCUGGAGCGCGUGGACGCGAGACCGGAGGGACACACCAAGCCCUCGGUGUGCAGGAACCUGUUCGGAUCGCCGGACCCGGGGGAUGUAAACGAAGCGUUUCGGAAAGAGUUGAAGGAGUCGGAAGCAGCGUACAGGGAGAAAUAUAACUACGACUUUGUGAAGGACACGCCGCUUGAGCCCGGCAGAUACGAGUGGGAGAUUGUGGACGCCAGAGACGCGCCCGAGGUUUACAGCAGGCCGCCGCGCAAAACCAAACGGGUGGAUCUUAACGGGAGUCAGACGGACUGCCAAAAAGCGCAAAGCGCCGCGAAGAAAAGACCUUCCCUGGAGGACGCGGAUUGUGCACGGCAAAGUAAAAGAGUGAACCGUGGAGAGGAAGACAGCAGCAGUCAAGAAAGAGCAGAGCAGACACCCAGAAAAUCAGAUGCCAGCACGUAAAACAACGAGACCUGCAGGCAAAGAGAGAAGAAGAAUGUGCAUUUCUCCAUCAAAGAGCUUUAUGAAGUAAACAGGGACAACAACGAAUGGAAAAAAAUGCAUUUCCUUUUCUAAGGAUGUGCAAGGCAGUAGAAGCACUGAUUUUUUUUUUUUUUUUUUUUUUUUUUAAAUUUUGUAUUAUUUUUUUUACACUAAAGUUUUGGCACUCAAAAAGACAUUUGCCUCAAAAGCAGACAAUGUAGCAGUGUGCAAAUGGUUUUUUUCCCUUUUUGCUUUUGUCUUUACUACCUAUGUACAUAAUUAUAUGUAGCAUAUUAAAAUAUAACAUUAUGAUGAGAAAAAAAUCUUAUAGUGUGAAUGACUUGAAGAAUUGCUGUGCAGUUUUCAAAACAACCCCCAAUAAUCUUCCCAGAUUAAAAAACAAAAUAUUAAGAUUUAUUAACAGAUAUCAAUAUUGUCAGGGUAUAACACAUUAUAAGUCGGAUCAAUUUAAAGAAAUCAUUGAAAUUAUUCCCCAUAGGAAAAAUAUGUUCAUGGUUAAAGAGAACCAACCAUCUGAGACACCAGUACUUAAAUGUGGGUGUUUUUUUUGUUUUUUUUAAGGUAUUGUUUGUGAUACCAUAGAAGUGUGUAUGGUACUUAAUUAUGUGAAGUUUAUUUAAAAUCUGCCAAAGUCGCAACACAUUCAGGCAGGGAUAUUCCUUUUUUAAGGGUGUGGUUUUAUGGUUUUGACAGUGUUUCACAGUAUUAUUAUAUCCCUGGGAUAUUCCACUAGUUUCCCCCUUAGAUUAUGUUUUGUAAGUUGCUUAUGAAUGACAAAACCUACUGAGUAAAUAAUAAUUUUACAAAGAAACUAAAAAUUAACAGCAAAUUUUCUUCAGUCACCUAUUUUUUUUCUCUUACAUUGCUGUGCUGCAGACUUUUAGAUUAUAUUUUUUUAAACACUGGUCCAAGUUGUGUUUUUUUUUAUUUUUUUUUAUUAAAUAGUCCACAAAUCCAGUCCUUUGCCAUCACACAUGGUAUUCAUGUUGAACAUGAUGUUCCACUACCCCCCCCAAAAAAAAAAAAAUACAAAAAAUAAAAA